AUGACUGGACCUACACGGUUAGAGAAAGCUGAUUCCGAGAUAGAAAAUCAAGAUGAGCCAGAGCAACCACGCCCCUUCUCACCACCACGAGGACUACCUGGAGGCCCUGCAGAGAGCCAAUACCAGCCCAAGACACUUCAAUUCUGGCUAAUAAUCCUAUGCAACUUCUUAUCGCUAUUACUUGUCGCAUUAGACCGAACAAUCAUCGCAACGGCCAUCCCUCGCAUCACCGACGAAUUCCACAGCCUGGGCGAUAUUGGCUGGUAUGGAUCCGCCUAUAUGCUAGCCAGUGCGUCCGCACAGCUACUUUUUGGACGAAUUUACAAAUUCUACAAUAUGAAAUGGGUGUUCCUUUCUUCAGUUCUUCUUUUCGAAAUUGGGUCAGCAAUCUGCGGCGCUGCUCCUACCUCCAACGCCUUUAUUGCAGGACGUGCUAUUGCGGGAUUUGCUUCCGCCGGGAUCUUCUCUGGGUGUAUGUUGAUCAUCAUCCUCAUGGUACCUCUUCACAAGCGGCCGAUGUAUCAAGGUUUGUUUGGGGCUGUUUUUGGAAUUGCUUCGGUUAUGGGUCCACUUGUUGGUGGAGCUUUCACCACGAGUGUAACUUGGAGGUGGUGUUUCUAUAUCAAUCUUCCCAUCGGAGGAGCUGGUCUGGUAGCUAUGACCUGGAUCUGGCACCCGCCAAAAGUCCAGCAUGAAUCUGGUCCAAUUCUAAUGCAAAUCAAACGCCUGGACCCCCUGGGGAUGAUUUUCUUUAUACCGGCAAUGGUCUGUCUCCUUCUAGCUUUCCAAUGGGGAGGUUCAACAUACGCGUGGAGUAGUGGUCGCAUCAUUGCGUUAUUUACCAUGUUCGGCAUCUUGAUUCUCAUCUUCGCGGCCAUUCAAGUUUGGAAGCCUGAGACAGCCACGAUCCCUGCAAGGGUUAUCACUCAACGCAGUAUCUUCCGUGCCGCGGUAUUCCUCUUUUUCACCUCCAGCUCCAUGAUUAUGAUGAUUUACUAUGUUCCAAUUUGGUUUCAAACCGUCAAGCUGGUCAAUCCUGUCAAGUCUGGCAUCUAUACACUACCACUCGUCCUCAGUCUCGUCGUUGCAAGUUUUAUUGGCGGCCUAGCCACGCAAAAAAUCGGAUACUAUGUUCCAGUCAUGUACAUCGGCCCAAGCCUCAUGGCGAUAGGACUAGGUCUCAUGACCACCUUCGACCUCAAUACUGGCUCAUCACACUGGAUCGGUUAUCAAUUUCUAUUCGGAUCUGGGCUCGGCCUCACAAUGCAGAUUACUGGACUGGUGGUUCAACGGAUUCUGCCACCACAGGAUAUCUCGAUUGGCACUGCGCUGAUGUUCUUCGUCCAGCAAAUUGGUGGGAGUAUUUUCGCCACGGUCGGACAAACAAUUCUAAGUAAUAUACUCGGUUCGCAUCUGAGUGGGAUUCCAGGCCUUGACACGGCAUUGGUUGUCAAUCAAGGAGCGACCAACUUAGGAUCCGUGGUGCCUUCGCGUGAUAUUGUGGUAGUUCAACGGGCGUAUAACGAUGCCUGUAGGAGAAUUUUCUUCACGGCUCUAGGGCUUAUAUUCGUAUCUUUGAUCAGCGCGUGUGGUAUGGAGUGGAAGAGUAUCAAGAAAGGCAAAAAUGGUCAAGGUGGUCCGGAGCACGCAGAAGACAGUAAUGAUGCUGGCAAGUCAGACGAAUCUAGCCAGCCACUGCCAAAACGGACUGAAAGAAGUUGA